AUGCGUUCCUCAACUCGCCGCCCUCCAGCUAUCAGCGACGAGGACAUGUCGGACGGAGAGAACGGCCUCGACGUCAUCCCCACCAAGCGCGAGAAGAAGCCGGUCAAGUACGCGGACCCGAAGAAGGAUGCCGAUGACGACAACGACGAUAAAGACGGCGGUGCCGCCAACGAUGAAGAAGAUGAAGGAGAUGACGAGGAGGAUGGCGACGAGUACAUCGUCGAGAAGAUCAUCUCACACAUGAUCGCCGAAGAUGGAAACCCGCGGUUUGAGGUCAAGUGGGAGGGGUUUGAUAAGAAGGAGGACCGGACAUGGGAGCCUGAGGACAAUCUUCGAGGCACUGCCGACACCAUCCUCGACGAUUACCUGAACAAGUUUGGAGGGAUGCAGGGCCUCUACAAGGCUGGCGAGAAGGCAACCAAGGGCAAGAAACGAGGCCGGCCAUCCACCUCUGGCGCCCCCUCAUCAACCAAGAAAUCCCGGGCCAACGGCGGUGCCGCGGUGGAUUCGGAUGCAUCCGAGACGCGGAAGCCGGGAGCGUGGAAGCCUCCGGCAGGCAGCUGGGAGGAUCAGAUUGACCAUGUCGACAUGACGCGGGAUACGAGUGGUGACCUCAUCGUCUGGCUCACUUGGAAAAAUGGCGAGAAGUCACAGCACAAGGCCCAGCAAGCCUACACCCGUGCUCCCCAGAAGAUGCUCAAGUUUUACGAGUCAAAGAUCAACUUUACCACCUCAACAUAAAUUAAAACUCGGGACUUAACAACAAAUGCAAAAUGUAAUCACAAGAUAUCACUGACACGGUUCUGAGCUUUUGGGGUGCAUUCAUGGCGUUUAUUUCGGACUUGUUUAGCUCUCUCGCAUUGCCUACUGGCAAAGCGAGACAGUGUUGAUUUUGGGCUUGAACUAAAAUUCCUACAGCUGGCCUCCCCAAGCCUCAUGUGUGUCACCACCCACGGCGUUCCAUGGCCGGCAUUGUGAGUAUAGUGAUGGACUGAGCGACAGUGGCGGACACAAUCUCGGUCAUGUGAUGUCGCCGAGGAAGUGUAGAGGCUGUUUGUGGGCGGGCUGCAUUUGGUGAUGCAUAUUGACAACGGAAGCUUGGGUCUGGAUCAUGUUUCGAUUUGAACAUGCAUCGUGGAGUUUCUUUUUUUCGGACGAACGACAAGUUCAGCAACAAUACUGUUCAGGCAAUAAUAAUUGAGAUUAGGAAUCGGCAAGAAAAAUGACUGAUAGCAGAUACUGCAAUCAAGCUCUCAAUAGAAAUGCUUAGUCUCCCAA